AUGCGUAUCCCCGCUAUCGAGGUCGGACAUGAAUACUACCCAGUCCCUACUGUGUCCGCUAACGUCGAAGCAGGGUCGAACGCAACCGUCCGGAUCAUAUAUACAGCCGAUGAACACGGAGCCACCGAAGACGAGACAUUCUACGCUUGUCCUAAUAUCACCUAUACGCCGACGAGGCGAUUCACCGAUCAGGUGCCGAGCUUCAAUAUGGCGGCUACAAGUUCACCGCAGUCCCGACAACCGCUUCGGCGGGUUCAAUCGCUACAACGGGAGCUGCUACUGGCUCGAUGGCCACCGCAAGAGAUGCGAAAAGGCCUAUCUCUUGUCUAUCUGGUGGUGCCAUCGCCGGCAUGGUGGUUGGUUCGGUUGCUGCGGUAG